AUGACUAGUUUGUGGCCGUUUGCCAUGUGGGGAAUCGAUCUGAUUGGGGCUUUACCAAUAGGUAGGGUCGUGGCAAAAGAUACUAUGGUGGCAAUAAAUUAUUACACCAAAUGGGUAGAAGUGGAGGCCUUAGUCCACAUCACCGCUAAGCAAGUUGUAUCUUUCAUCAACAACUUCUUUAUAUGUAGGUUUGGGGUGCCUUACAAAAUUAUCACUGAUAACAGAACCCAAUUUGGAGGGGACUUGCUAAGUUCCUAUUACUUUGAGAGAGGCAUUGAGAGGGGACUGUCAGCAAUAGUACACCCCCAGGCUAAUGGGCAAGUUGAGGCAGCAAACCAAAUAAUCAAAAAGAACCUCAAGACAAAGCUAGAAAAUCUUAAGGGCAGAUGGGGUAGAUGA